UCCCUUAAUUCCUUCCUUCUAUUCUAACAAACCAAUUCCUCUUCACAGAUCCAUCCAUGAACAAAACCCAAUAAUUCCCAAAACCAUGAAAGAAUCAAGCAAAACCUUCACAAUAACAUUAAUCUCAGCAUGGUACUCAUCCAACAUAGGAGUUCUACUCCUAAACAAAUACCUUCUCUCAAACUACGGUUUCAAAUACCCAAUUUUCCUCACCAUGUGUCACAUGACAGCAUGUUCCUUAUUCAGCUACGUUGCAAUCGCGUGGUUCAAAAUGGUUCCAAUGCAAUUCAUGCGUUCUCGUCUUCAAUUCUUUAAGAUCGCUACUUUGAGUUUUAUUUUCUGUGUUUCCGUCGUUUUUGGUAAUGUUUCGUUACGGUAUCUUCCUGUGUCGUUUAAUCAAGCUAUCGGUGCUACUACGCCGUUUUUUACUGCGGUUUUUGCUUAUGCUAUGACGCUCAAAAGAGAGGCUUGGCUUACUUAUCUUGCUCUUGUUCCUGUUGUUACUGGUGUUAUCAUUGCUAGUGGGGGUGAACCAAGUUUCCAUUUGUUUGGGUUCAUAAUAUGUGUUGCAGCUACAGCGGCACGAGCCCUAAAAACAGUGUUACAAGGAAUUUUGCUUUCAUCUGAAGGGGAGAAGCUGAAUUCUAUGAACCUUCUACUUUACAUGGCUCCAAUGGCUGUUGUUUUCCUUCUUCCUGCUACACUCUAUAUGGAAGAAAAUGUGGUAGGCAUCACGUUGGCUCUUGCCAGAGAUGAUAUGAAGAUCAUUUGGUACCUGCUGUUCAAUUCCGCACUUGCAUAUUUUGUCAAUCUGACCAAUUUUUUGGUCACAAAACAUACCAGCGCUCUCACCCUUCAGGUACUUGGGAAUGCUAAAGGGGCUGUAGCAGUUGUAGUUUCAAUUCUAAUAUUUAGAAACCCAGUUUCAGUCACUGGAAUGAUGGGUUAUUCACUCACAGUCCUUGGAGUUGUACUUUACAGUGAAGCCAAAAAGAGAAGCAAGUGAUUCUGAUAUAAGAAUUCAUCAGUGAGUUCUCUAUACUUUGUGCUGACAACUUCAAGAUUCUAUGAGACAAAAUUGUUCAGAAUCAGGAUGUUACAGACUCUAUAUAAGAAUUCUUUUGGCCCCACAUAGAAAGCCUUAUUGAAGGGGUUUCCCAUUAUAUUAGCAACUGUCCAGAAAUAGCUCAUGGUACCAAGUUCCAGUAAGUGAAUGAUCUCUGUACUAUACCCAUGUUGGCAUACUGAGGAAUGUCUUGUAGUCAUUUAUUCUUGAAGAAAGAGUUGUAUAAUUGGAUCUCUACUCAUUUGUUAUUUACAAUACUUAAAUUUGUUUAUUGACGAGAAAAUUCGUAUUUUUUAAUUGUAGUAUUUAGUACCCGAUUAGGCAGUGUAGUUUUAUGGUUUGGUGAGACAUUGUCUAUUCAAAACUAGAAAUUACAAUAGUAAUUAUUUGGUGACAUGUUUUUAUCUUU